CCAUGCGUGUAGUUCGCCAUUCUCCCGGAGUUCUCCGCGCGCUACGCAUCCUCACCCUUUUAUCUGGCAGCAGCACCAUUGCCCGUUCUCUACUUGGCACCUCUGCACGCAUAUGGCCACUAACCUGCACUCAGCACUACACGAAGACAUUAUUCCGUCUCCGACCAAAGAGACGAGGAGAAAGGUGGUCAUGAGCUCAUCACUUGCAAAGUCAACCGGUCCGAAUAAUCAAAGCCCAUUGGCUGGCUCAGAUCAGGCAAAGUCCAAGACGGCAUGUCAGAGAUGUAGAGACCAGAAGCUCAAAUGUAGCCGCGAUUACCCGAUCUGCUUCAGGUGCAAGAGACUGAACGGACUAUGCUCAUAUCCAAAGUUAGCCAGUCGCAGACGAUUCAGACCCAUUCCAAGGGUUAGAGGGGAUGAAGGCGGAUUGGCCUCUGCUUGUGGUCCGGAAGCUUAUGAUGUAGUGGCCGGGCCGACUCCGCAAUCAGAACAGUACCACUCUAACAAUCUCGACGAAAACCGGACUGUUCCUAGCUAUACCCAGGCCGCCAUCUCGACCUUUCCAGUUGGCUCAUCCACAGAAGAUGGAACCUCAAGUCCGCAUUUCGCCUUGGAUAAAGGCGGACAGGAUGCGUCUCCUCUCUCCACACUCUCCCCUGAUACGUACCAUCACUAUCUACGAAAUGUAGACCUUCGGAAUGUUGUUUUAAAUCCUCUUGGAAGCAACAGCGACCCGCCACCUGCAGCAGCCAGUUUGCCUCCACUCGCGGCUGGGCUAGUCCUUCUCGAAAUAUAUUUUUCAAGGAUAUAUAAUGCUCCUCUUCUGUUUGUCAAGUCGGCGCUUUUUCAAGAUUACAUUGAGGGGUGUGUUCCGGAUGUUCUUCUCAAGUCAAUUUUUGCGUUGGCUUCCUUAUUCUUGGUACGACAAGCAGAUAGGCACCAGAAUAGCAGACUGUCGUUCAGCGAGCUGAAUGCAGUGGGCGUAUUCCAUACGCAAGGCAGGCCGUGGGCAGAAUCCGCCAUGCAGGACGCAAUGUCGUCAAUCAUGGUGAAGCCAUCUUUGGCUAUUGUCCAAACCCUUGAAUGUUUGGUAAUAUACUGGUUCGGUGUUGGAGAAUCAGAUAGAGGUGAUUUGUGUCUAAGCCUUGCCUAUCGAUACUGUCGCCUGUCUAGAUAUUAUGAACCAGCUCCACCUUCAGGGCACGAUUCUGAAGCAUGCUUGCAAUCUGAGCUCAAGCGCCGUUGCCUGUGGGCAUGCUGGGCCUCAUUAUGCAUAGUCGUCGAGCCAAAGCCAUAUAUCAAGGCUGCUUGGUCAGAGGUCGCCAACUUACCGCUUCCAGGAUCCAUCAUUUCCACUAGCGGUAGGCUGAAGAUCGUCCUGUGCGAGAAGAUGGACGAGAAUUGGGGCUCUACUACCAUUGGCGACGAAAUCGCCAAUCAGGAUCAGGGGCUCUUGAUAGUCCUUGGACUGAUGAAAAUGAUUGGGGUUUGGGCCAAAAUUCAACUCUACGCUAGCGAACUUUCCGCCGAUAAGUCUAGGAGGAGUCUGCCGCAUGCACAACAUCUGUCAGAACUUGCGUCAUCAAUAUAUCACAGCCUAGACUUCGGACAUCUAUCUUCUGAAGACAAUCCGUCCCUUGUCAAAUUUAGGAACCAAGCCAUCCUGGUUGAGUGUCUCUAUUAUCUCUGUCAAAUGGUUCUACAUUCCACAAAUGUGUUUCUAUUUUCCGGCUGCCCUGCCGAUUCUUCCAUAUCGGACGACGUGGUGCAGGCCAGCGCCACUGUUGUAGUGCACAAUGCAGAUCUUUCCGGCCAGUUUUUUGAACGGCUUUGGGCUCAAGGCUCAGACGUUACGAGGCUUUGUCCGCUGGCUGGUUAUGCAGCAUUUGUCACCGCUGUCAUGCUUAUGAUUUCGGAGACCUGGUGCCAGCAGCAAAAUCGGCCUCUGAUAACCUCUAGCCCGGAGAAAAGGAGGAAUAGAAUGGCAGCGAUGAAAGCGAUCUUGAAGACCUUGGAUAUUUUGCGUGGCUUUUGGCAAGCCCUACAGCGGCCUUGGGAAACUUUGAAUGUAGCAAUGCAAAUGUUCCACACCCAUGAGGAAGCAUACCGUUCCAGACGGAUCAACUCGCAGCAGCUCCUUAGUCGCAGAGAAUUCGAGCAAGGUGGUCCUAAUAGCGACAAUUACGACCAACUCCUAAUCCUUCCCAAUUCGAGGACACCAUCGGGUCCAACAUCCUCUCCGCAGUUCCAUCCAGGGGACGAAUUGGAUGGCUGCACCUCCUACGAUGGUUGCCAUCAGCGUAAUACAAGCGGAAAAGCUGCUGAGAAUAUCCUCACAGAUCAGCUCGGCAUUGACGAUGCAUGGUGGGAUCUAUCACUGCUCACUGGUUUCCAGGAUGGCAAUUAUAACCUCGGCGCUUAAAAAUAUGUAAGACCAUUUUGAAGUGCUUUUGCGGCUUUGAACAAACAAAAGGGUAUACUUGUGAGGAAUCACAGACCCCUU